AUGUCCAGAUUCCCGAAAAAAGUCAUUCAUGUGGACGAGCCAAACGAAUGUGAAGAGGCAUUUUCUUUGACCAUGGAGGACGCACUGAUAGAUGCAAAAGAAGUUGCCCGGGAGACAUCCAAAGACAUUAUUCUGAGCAAGAUAGCGAUGUACAUUGUAGAUGGCUGGCCGGAAAAGAUAGACAAAGAUCACAAGGAGAUGAAAGCCAUGUACGAUAGAAAGAACCAACUCACGACUGAAAAAAGAUGUAUCACAUGGGGAAAUCGUGUAAUCAUUCCACAUAAACUAAGAGCAGAGGUUCUUAAGAUGCUACACCUUACACAUGUAGGGAUGACUGGAAUGAAAAGCCUGGCUAGAAGCUAUGUGUGGUGGCCAGGAAUAGACCAAGAUAUAGAGAUUUUAGUUAAAGCAUGUGCAUCCUGCCAAAAACACGGGAAAAAGUUACCAAAAGUCAUCGACCAUCCCUGGGUUAAAUCAACAAGACCCUGGCAACGAGUACAUGUGGACUUCGCUGGAGAAUUCCAAAAUAACUAUUGGUUACUGAUGUACGAUACUUACUCAAAAUGGCCGGAAGUUAUCAAGAUGUCUCAUAACACUACUGCGCCAGCUACGAUAAAAGCAAUGAGAAGAGUAUUUUCAAGAACAGGGGUACCUUGGGUUCUAGUCAGCGAUAACGGACCGCAAUUUAUCAGUGAAGAAUUCAAGAACUUCCUAAAGAAGAAUCAGAUAAGACAUGUUUUGUGCCCAUCAUACUCCCCGAGGAGUAACGGAAGCUGCGAACGGUUUGUCCAGAGUUUUAAGUCAGCGAUGAAAAAGAUGUACGAAAAGUCUAAGGAUUUAGAUUUAAAUCUCGCUAACUUCCUAAUGGCAUAUAGGAAUACUCCACACUCUGUAACUAAGCAACCACCAGCAGUAAUGAUGUACGGACGAACUUUACGAUCUAAGUUACAUCACCUCAGACCCAGUGAUCAGAUGGAAGCGGAACGACUGGAUGUUGAUAAUGAACAAAAAGUUGUUGACAGUAAAAGAAACGAACGUGUAUUUGAGGAGAAACAAACAAUAUGGGUUCGACCGGACACUCGGAAAGAGUACGAACCAGCAACGAUUGAAAAAAGACACGGAGAAUCACUGUGGUAUGAUGUGAACUACAAGGGCAGGAUCAUAAAGAAACAUGUAGAUGCGAUGAAGAAACGGUUAGUGCCAGUAAUCGAGUUACAGAAGCAGCAAAUUGAGAUACCAGAAAGAAACACUGAGCCGAGGAAUAUUGAACAACCUGUGAUAACAGUUCAGCAGCAGCCGGGUCCAAGUAGAGAAGGAGCGCCAGCUGUGACUAGUAACCAACAGACUGCAUCUCAAGAGAGCCGCAUUGAACUUCCCUUUCAUGCUCGAGGUUUCUUUUAA